AGAACAGGGACUGUAUGUUAAUGUAAGUUACGCCCAUGCAAAGUCACAAACGAGCGUGUGCCUAAAGACCAGUGAAAAGAGGGGUAGCAAAGGAGUUUCUCUUCCAUCACUGUUAAAUAUGAGAGGUUAGUAUGAAGACUUCUGGAGAGCUUUGCCUGCCGCUCUGAAGACACGAGAAACAGAAGCUCCGGCCAGAUAAACUCCAUUAUCAAGUCGACUUUGGCGGCAAAAAAGGAUAAUUUGUAGCAUUCGUCUUUUGUUUGAACGCCGACACAGAGGAAACCAGGAAAUAACGCGCGGCUGGCAUUUGGAAAUUGUACAAAAAAAUUAAGAUGAUGGCUCCGUCUCUGUCGCAGGCGUACAAGAGGCGCUGGUGGAUGGCCGUCACAGCCGUGUUGGAGAAUCUGUCGUGUUCGGCCGUGCUGUUGGGCUGGGGCUCUCUGCUCAUCAUGCUCAAAGGACAGGGCUUUUACUCCCACCUGUGCACAGAAAAUGAGACUGAGAGUGUGAACACUAGCGCACCAGAUGAUUGGCCGAGUUGUGUGAAUCAGGACGAAAUGCUGAACUUGGGCUUCACCAUUGGCUCAUUUCUGCUCAGUGCCGCCACAUUGCCAUUGGGUAUAUUGAUGGACCGGUUUGGCCCCAGGCCUCUGCGCCUCGGUGGAAGUGUGUGUUUUGCGCUCUCUUGUGUGAUGAUGUCCAUAUCAUCCUAUCAUCCAGAAGUCCUUUCUGAACUAAUUUUUCUGGCUCUGUCACUCAACGGCUUUGGAGGGAUCUGUCUGACCUUCACAUCUCUCACGCUGCCAAACAUGUUUGGAAGUCUGAGCUCCACUGUUAUGUCUCUGAUGAUCGGCUCCUACGCUUCAUCGGCUGUCACCUUCCCUGGAGUCAAGCUGAUAUAUGAUGCCGGGGUGUCAUUUACUGUUAUCAUGUGGAUGUGGGCCGGCUUGGCAGCUCUGGUCUUUCUCAACUGUUUCAUGAACUGGCCAGCAGAAGGCUUUGCUACACCAGAAGAGAUUGAGAAUAGGAAAAAGAUGCAUUCAGCUGAAAACCACAAAUUAUCUGCUGAAGAGGCGACAGGAGAAACGGAGAAACUGCCGGCUGUAGCUCAGGAUGCACAAUCUUCGGUCCCGUUCCAGCGCUCCGUGUUCUCUCCCAUCUUUUUGUGGAGUCUGGUCACUAUGGGAAUGACUCAGCUGAGAAUCAUCUUCUUUAUGGGAGCCAUGAACAAGAUGGUCGAGUUCCUGGUCACCCACGGAGAGGAGCAACCCUCUGAAAAACUGUUGCAGGAAGCUGAGAAUAAAGCUGUUGCGGAGCCGAAGCGUGACGGAAAGAUCCAGAAGCUGACCAAUGCCAUAAUAGCCUUCAUCUUCACAAACGUGCUUCUCAUGCUGUUUGGGAUCCUCUCGCUCGUAGACAACCUUCCUCUACAGAUUCUGACGUUUAUUUUUCACACUAUGGUACGAGGUUUCAUUCACUCGUGUUGUGGAGGACUGUAUGCUGCUGUAUACCCGUCCAAUCAUUUUGGCACCCUCACCGGGCUGCAGUCUAUGAUCAGUGCAGUGGUGGCUCUGCUGCAGCAGCCGCUCUUCAUGGUUAUGGUGGGACAUCAGAAUGGAGAUGCUUACUGGAUCAACGUGGGGCUUCUGAUCCUCUCAUUGGCCGGUUUCCUGUUGCCGGGAUACUUGUUCUACCACCGCAGACAGCUGCUUCAGACGAGGGCCGCGGGGAAAGCAAACGGACACGCGCCUGUUGAGAAUCAAGCGCUAAACCAGCCGCUGGCCAACGGACACAGCAACGGUCACGUCCCGCAGGAAGCCUAACGGAGCAUCACAGGACUGUCACGGGACCGUUCACAUUUCAACAUGCAAUGGCAAACUCUGCCAUCCUCAUUAAACAUGCAACGUUUAUAUUUUUUGUUGCAUGAGAGACAUUCGGCUGAUGGCUGCAGAAGCAAACAUCAGAUCAGUGUUGUCUUGUUCGAUGAUCAGCUGAUUCAGAAUAUGAGUAUUUGUAUUAAAAAUCUGGAAAUCUGCCUGCGAAAACAAUGCAGUGUUUUUAGAGAGAAUUUUUAUUGAACCAUUGGCUGGGAUUGACGGACAUGAACUUCCUCAGCCGAUGGCGCUUCGUCUGUCUGUUCAGCGUCUUCACCAAAGAGAAAGAGCGAUGGUUGAUUGUUGUAUAAUAGUGUCUGUUUAUGUCUUUUGAAAACUUGAGAAACAGUCAACAUCAGCAUUUCAGCUGCCACCAAAGACACCGCUUUUUAGAACCUUAGGUUCACUACGUUAAGUGUUAUCCAAAAGCUAAAACAUUUCAGGCAGAUUUAACGAGAUUUUUUUAUAGAGAAACAGAAAUGAUUUUUUGUGUGUGUUUGUGUUCAGCUUUUCUGUGCAUUUUAGUUUCAUAGCCACUGAAAGGGAAAUUUAUUUUUGUAUUUCUGUGCAGCUUAAAGUAGAUGUGCUCUAUAAAUAGUGUGAGGUUUCUUCAUGAUAUUUACGUGCUUGCGGGAUGGGUUGAGUGGGUUUUGUAAAGGUCAGGGUGCAGCCGAGAGCAACCGAUGAUGUGCUUACAGCAGUCUCUCUUUCAGAUGUUUUGUGCGAGUCUAGUGCCUUAUGUUAUUAUUGAAUAUCACAAUUCCAAUCUCACCAUGAGAGAAAUGUGGGAAACCAAAGACUUUCUUAGACAUGGAUGCAAUAAUCCAUAUGGGAGCAGUGGAGAAUGUGCGAGAGGAAGAAAGCAUCCGUGUACAGAGUGCAAGAACGUCAGAUUUGAAAUGGCAAAAAUAAAAUAUGCAGUCA